AUGAUCCGCUCGGAUCUUCUUGUCGGUGAGGAGUCGGUGACCGCUGGCGAACCUCUCCGUAUCACCCCUGUGCACGAGAGGAAGACGAGUGCCUACUUGACCAAGUAUGAGAUGGCGCGGGUGAUUGGGGAGAGAGCCCGCCAGAUUGUGAAUGGGACUUCUGUACUUUUGAGUGGCCGAAGCUGUGUUCAUGAACGGAGUGCACUGGAAUUGGCAGAGCGGUGCUCCGAUCCCUACUCCUUGUCAGUGGACCCUGUUUUUAUCGCAAAGAUGGACUUAUUGCAGGGGAGGAUACCAAUGAUAGUUCGACGGGCUUGGCCGUGUGGAGCAAUAGAAAACAUUCCUGUAUCUGAACUACUGAUUGAUAAGGUUAUGCUUAAUAUGCAAAACUAA